UUGAUUUUUGCAUUUCUAAGCUUGGCUAUUGCCAUUGUUUAUGUUGAACAUAUUGAAAUGUUUAGCCUUAAUCUAAAUGGUUAUGGUAAAGAUUGUGGAAUGUCUGUUUCAGAAAAAGCCGACUGACAGCAACAGUGAAGCCAGAAGGGCGUCACAAACUGGUGAAAAGGUGCAGAAAAGAAUAAAUAUUACGAGCAAGAAAAAGGGAAACAAUGGCCGUAAUCCUCUAAAGGAAAGGAAGAACGAUUUUAGCAAGGAUAAUGUUAAAGAGCUUCCAUCAAAAUGCCAUAUGCAGCAGUGCGACAAGGGGCAAAGCCACAGUUUCAAUUUCCGCUACAAAUUCAAGAAACAUGCGGUGGCGUGUGAUACAUCAUACAUCAAGACUGUGAUUGAUGCUCUUAAUACAAACAAGAUUUUCCAGAAGAUUCAAAAAGAAAACAUGGAGAAAGAAAUCAUCAUCAAGAGAUCCAAAGGAGAAGUUCCUAGAGCUGCUGUGAAGACCGAUUUCCCCUGCUGUCUUAUUGAAAAAGAUGAGCUCUUAGACAUAACCUUCGUCAAAAAUACUGGAAAUGAUACAAAGGAAAAAAAAACUGAAAGGCUUUCAUUCUCCAAUCAAUCAGAAAAAUUUGUAAUCUUUUACAUUAAAACAAAAGGAGGGGUGAAAGUGAGACGCUUAAUGAAAAACCAUGAGCUGAGGAAGAAAGUUGAGGAUGUCUGUGUGUACGCACUCAAAGAAGAGAAACUGAGAAAAGCUCUUCGGCGUGAUGGACGCUUCAUCAAUGUCAUAUUCAAGGAACAGUAUGCACUCAGUGAGUUUGGUAGCGAGACAAUCUGUGGAAUGUUAGACACUGUAGAGCAUCUUGAUGGAAAGCAUUUUGAGAUAAUUUUUAUCAGUGAUGAAAAACAGUCAGACAGCCAAGAAGACUUAUCGAGUGAUAUCAGCACUGAAAUGAAUGAAGCUCCAGCCGCUGUUUUGAAAGAAAACGUCGAUCCUAACCAGCAACCUGUCAACACUGAACAAGAAGAAACUCAAAAGAGAAACGCAAUGAAAUCCACAAAUACUUCAACUAAUUUGUUUAAAAUAAUUCCACACUCGGAAGAGAUUCUGGGAAUUCUGCGUGCUCAGUUUAAAGAUUUACUGGAGACGUUAAAGCAGCGAGAGAACCUUAAGAAAAAGUCUCAGGUCCAGAAGUUCUUCAGAGCAGAAUAUGAUAAAAGUGUUGUGAGUUUCUCUGAGGUGUAUAAAAUAAAGCAGCUCAUGAAACUCUCUGACUCGGUGUGUCAGAUUCGAGUGGAGGGAUUCGCCAGAGGAACCGGCUUCCUACUCUUUGGGCAAUUUAUUCUCACUAACGCACAUGUUGUUAGGGAAUUUCUCGAGUCUCCAGACAAGCUUUCUUCUACAAAGUCUUUAGAAGCUGCAUUUGAUUUUGAACGUCUGGACUCAAAGGUGAAGCUGGUGCGGGUCAAGAAACAGAUUGCUGCUUACUGUUACAUUACAGACCCCAACAAUAGGCGUCUUGACUUUGCUCUUCUUGAACUGGAUGCUGUUGAUGAAAUCACAGGUCGUCCUGAGUUGCUCAGUCGUUUUAGUGCUGGCCCCCUUCCUAGCCGCGGUGGGAUCUGCAUUGUGGGACAUCCAGAAGGUGGGAUUAAGAAAAUGGACCCCUGCUUCAUCAUUGGGAAAUAUAAUCUACGAGAGGCUGCAGAUAAACACAUAUCUGAGAAUCGUGAUUUCAUUAAUGUGAUUACACAGAGGCGUUUUGAUGAUCAAUGGGGCAUUUAUGAAAACCAGAUGAAUUAUCAUUCUUUUUUCUUUCAUGGGUCAUCUGGCUCUCCAGUGUUUGAUGAACACUGCAAACUGAUUGGUGUGCACACUGGUGGAUAUGUGUACCCAGGAGAAAAAGGUAAAACUAGAAGCAUUGCGGAAUAUGCCUAUUCCAUGCAGCCCAUCCUGGAAAUGAUCAAAGCACAGGCAAGGAUAAGAGGUUCGCGUGAUAUUGUUAAUAUCUUAGAAGCCUACAGCGAUAAAUGCUAUGAGUCUGGAACUGCAGAUCAAGAGAAUCAGACCGACUAUGAGAUGGAAGAUGCUGAUUGAAGUCGUCCACACAUUUGUGCCGCCAUUUCUUUGGGAAAACAUGACAUCAAGCCUUCAACUGUGAGAGAUUCUUCACUGUCAUUAUGGGGUUUCACGUUUCAUAUAAUUCUUAGCCAUUAACGUGUGUUCAAAAGCAGUUACACUUGGUUUCUCUUAUUUUUGACAAGUGACAAGUCCUGGAUUUCACCUGUGGGUGAUUGUGGGUCUGACUCGUGCCAAGCAAGCAGAAUCGUAAACAUUAUUCAUUUGGCAGAGACUAAAAUUAGAGCUAUUUAUUUCUUUACAUUGUUUUUCAUACAUGUGUAUUCAUAUCCAUACAUACUCAUUUCACUUAUGCAACAAUUCAUUCACUCAUAUAUCUUUA